AUGCCAUCAACGCUUUUCCCUCUGCCUGCAGCAGCUUUGCCCUGGCCCCUGCCGAUUGGAUGCGCUGCUGCAAUAAACCUGCUGGGGCCCGCCGCUGUGGACCAGCGCUCGUACUUGGCGCUCGUACCGGCGAGUAAAUGCGCGCACAAACAAGCCGCAAAAAUACUCGCCGCUACCUUGUCGGUACGUACCUCCGGCGCUGGCCUCGCAGCCUGCACGGAGCUUCCCAGGUCGAAUCGGGCGGUAGCACCUGGUACGAGUACAGGCGAGUACAGUAGCGCUCGAGUACCCGUACGGGCAGCCGUGCACCGUGCGAGCACCCGCGCAUGCCCUGGCCGGCCGGCGCUCCAGCGGGCAGAGGCGCCGUGUGCAGGCCCGCGAGCCACUGUGAGGCCCCGGUCAGUGCUAGCGGGCGCAGCAGACCAGGCUGGACCGCACAGUGGCGGCACUGUGUCGCCGCAUACCUGCCUAGUAGUACCUUCUCGUCGCCCGUCGAGUCACCAAACCUCUUCCUUCUCACUCCGAUUCACUCCAAGCAGCAACCCAGCCUCUGCUUCGUCUAUUGAUGGCUUCGUCCGUCCGUGUUUGAGCGACGCCAGAGACUUCCCGAGCCGCUGUUCUCUGCGCAAAGCCACCGCUUGGGAUGCUUCACCCGCGCCGUCUCUACUCGGCCCAGCACAGCCCAGCACAGCACCCCGCGAAAACCGCCCUGCCGAACGCUCUCGUCACGGCCAAUCCGCCCCUCGUCUCGCAAGACAAAACCGCCGCUCUGCUCACUCUCGCGGACGGCGGCUUUUGCGGCUUUGGCUUGCCAUGGUAAUGAAUGAUUCUGGCCACCGGGUGUCGCGCGCCUCCAACAUGUCCAACUCGGCCGCAGCCGCCAGCGUUGGCAGCAACUCUGCAAACGCAGACGACUCUGGUGAGCGAUUCUCUCUGACGCCAGCCUCUGCUGCCCCUCGGGUUCCCCCCCCAAACUCGCCCCGACCCGCACACAAAAAGUAUCCCUUGCCUCUGACAGCUGACCCUUCAUCGCCCUGCGACUCAGCAUCGACCAUUACUGUCAACACCACGCCCAAGGCUCCUCCAAACUUCCCUCCGCCAAAGACCGACAAGCCUCGCCCGCACGUCUGCGCGACUUGCCAGCGCUCCUUCGCCCGCCUGGAGCACCUGAAGCGCCAUGAGCGCUCGCACACAAAGGAAAAGCCCUUCGAGUGCCCCGAGUGCUCGCGAUGCUUUGCCCGCCGCGACCUGCUGCUUCGUCACCAGCAGAAGCUGCACCAGACGUCGACGCCCUCUGCUCGCCCGCGAAACCGCCGAGAGUCGACCAGCGGCGUGCCCCCAGGCCAGAGCCGGGCUCGCAAAAACAGCGUCGUGGGCGCCAACCAUGCCGCGGCGGCUCCCAACCCGGGUGCCUCCAACACGAUGCGUCCGCGGGCAAACACCAUCAGCCACGUCGAUGGAGCUGCCAUGCAGAUGAUUGCCACGGCCAAUGCCAACGUCGCCAGAGGCAUGCAUGCCGGGCACAGCCGUCACCCCAGUCUUGCCGGCCUGCCCAUCCACAACUUCGACCCCGUGUUUGGCGGCAUGUCCAUGACCAUGGGCCAGAGGGCGACGCUCGCGCACGGCCUCCCCAAGCUGGAGACGGGCCAGAUCGGCGGUACCGAUCUGGAAAACGCCCUGCGUACGGCACCUCCCCUCGCUGCCUUUAACCCCGAAUUUGAUUUUGAGAGCUACUUGUUCGCGCCGGGCACCACCAUCAACCCCAACGCGCUUCACUAUAAUGAUUCCCCGCCCUCGAUGGUAAUGGAGCAGGCCUCCCCGUUUGCGCAGGCCCUCAACGACAUCCCGUCGAACCCGACCUUUGACGACUCUUUUGACUGGCUAAGUGGGUUUGAGCACCAAAUGUCAUUUCAGACAAACGAAAAUGUGGUGGACGAGUCGAGCCCGUCUGCUCUUAGCACGACGAGCCAGAGUGGCAUCAGCGACGUCAUGUUGGAUGGAUCAAAUCACCCUGCGCCGGCUGGCACGAGUACCAUGUGGCAACCCUCCGUGAUGGGCCCCCCGCAGAUGCCGAACCCGUUUGCUUUGGAUCUGAAUGGUUCAGUCUUUCCGGAUCUCCUCAAUGGAGCUCCUUUAUCACCUCAGCCAGCUACUCAAAAGAUCAAUGACCCAUACUUCUCCACGCCCCCACCAUCGCUGAGCUCGUUGAGCCCUUCCGUCGUAUCUGGACUGAACACGCAGAGCAUUAACCAGACCCUUGGCUUCAACGCCGGCCCGGAAACCCCAUCAUCCCUCAGCGGCGUUAACCAUGGCGCUUCGCCCGUAACCACAAUCACAGAUGCCACCAGGACUGCCAUUGUGACCAUCCUCUCCCAGUGCCUGCCCUUUGGAGGCCGUAAAUAUCCCUUUACUUCGCCGCAGUCGCCGCAGUUCCAAUCGCCCUCCCCGGCUCAGGCCGUCAACGUGCCCAGUACCCAGAAUCUACAGCGUUAUGUCUCAGCUUACAUCUCAUACUUCCAUCCCCAUUUCCCCUUCCUGCACCUGCCCACCCUCUCCUUUGACAUGUCCACGUCCCCGAGUGGUCGCCAGAACGGUGUAGGCGGUAGUGGGUGUCUGGUGCUCGCCAUGGCGGCCAUUGGUGCCCUAUAUGAAAUGGAACAAGCCCAAUCCAAGGACCUGUUUACGAUGGCUAAGAAGAUGAUCUUUUUCUACCUCGAGGAACGACGCAAGGCAGACGUUCGCAAAGCAGAUGUCCGACGCAGCACCCACAGCGGCGACCCCGACCAGCCGUCGUCGUCAUCGUCGUCACAAGGUAGGGAUAACUCAGCCCACACGCCCGUCUGGCUCGUCCAGGCGAUGCUGCUCAACGUCGUCUACGGCCACAACUGCGGCGACAAGACCAUCAGCGACAUCGCCUCAACUCACUGCGCAGCGCUCGUCAGCUUGGCCCAGGCAGCCGACCUGCUACGGCCGGAGCAGGAGGACGGACAGGAUACUCGCAUGUUUGAUGACUCAAUGUGGAACAAUAGGAAAAGUGAACUCGAACAACGACAGGAGUGGCUCCAGUGGAAGCGAAAGGAAGAGCGCAAGCGCACGCUCUACGCCGUCUUCAUCAUGUCCAGCCUCCUAGUCGCCGCCUACAACCACACCCCGGCUCUGACCAACUCUGAAAUCCUGCUGGAUCUCCCAUGCGACGAGGAAUUCUUCGCCGCCGAAUCGGCCACCCACUUCUUCGCCAAGGGCGGCCCCGACGCGGCCAACCACAACCGGCUCAAGUUCUGCGACGCCCUUGGGGAGCUCCUCCGCACAAACGAGCGACAGCAGAAGCACAUGGCGGCGAUGAAUGGAGGCCAGCACUCCCCGGCCGAGCUCCCUUCGACGAAUCUCAGGCCCAGCACUUUCGGCUGCUUGAUUCUCAUCAACGCGCUGCACAACUACAUCUGGGAAACGCGACAAAGGCACCACAACAAAGUCUGGACCAACGAGGAGACGGAGAAGAUGCACCGGCAUAUCGAGCCAGCCUUGAGGGCAUGGCAAGUGGCCUGGGCCAGCAAUCCGAAACACACCGUGGAGCGUCCAAAUCCGUUCGGCAUGGGCCCGCUUUCCGCCGAUGCGAUCCCCUUGCUUGACCUGGCAUACGUGCGGCUGUUUGUCAAUCUGUCUAGGUCCAAGGAGAAGUUUUGGCAGCGAGACUGGGACGGCAUGGCUGAGGAACUAGCCCGAGGAACGGAGAUUGUCCAGCAUGCCGAGCACUCACCGGGAUCCAGCGCAGAGCCGAUGGGCAACGAUAACUUUGAUAGCUCUCUCUUCACCGGUUCACCGUCAGCUUCAGCAUCCUCAGAUCCGUCGGGCAAAUUCUCCAACGGCUCUCAGUUCGCCACUCGUUCCAUUUCCCGCCGAGAGCGGCAUCUACGCAAGGCCGCGUUUUAUGCGGCCGAUUCUUUGGCCAUGUCGGACAAGCUUGGGGUAACCUUUGCUGACUUCACUAGCCGUGAGCUCCCCCUGCAGUCUGCCAUGUGCGCGUUUGACUGCGCGCAAGUUCUUGCCGAAUGGGUCGCCACCUUGCAAGACAGAGUUGGUCCAUACUUGGGUAUUUUGGGCCAGAAGCGCAUUGAGCCUUCGGCAAUGCCUGCCAUCAUGCUGUUGGAAGAAGACGACAUAAAGCUGCUAGACAAGAUACAGGAAGUCCUGUCUUCGGCGGAGAUGAAGAUUAGCCUGGAUCUCAUGGCCAGCUUGACCGCCACCGAUGGGGGAACCCCAGAUGAUGGACAGGCCGGCUAUGCAACCAAGAUUCUUCGCCUUACGUCCCAGAUGCUGGAUAAAGCGGCCGUUUGGCCAGUUACGCACCUAAUGGCUCGUUGCCUCGACAGUCACGCCACUCGGAUGCGGGCCAGGACAGAAAAGUCCGCCAUGACUUCGGAUUAA